AAUGUCUUAAAAUCCUACAUAAAAAAAAGGACUAAAGCUCAGUGCUCCUUUUGAGCCAACAGCUAAUCCAGCAUUUGCAUAACCUUUAUACUCUCCACCACCAUCAUAUAAAUACGAAUAAAAAUACUACUAACAGCCUUAUGUCCAUCCCACAUAAAUUGAAUAAGGAAAUACUUUAAAUUCUUUAUCUCUAAAGAAUCAAAAUUUAAGUCAAAGUCAAUCAACAACAACGAAUACAAGCAAUGGAUAAUAAAUAUAAUAAAAUGUUUAAAGUAAGACCAAGAAAAAAUUAGUGUUAAAUAGUAACACUUCAUAGAAAUUUGUAUUAGAUCAAACUUUAGAAUAGAAAGUAAUAAUUAAAAUUAAAUAAUAGGCUGAUGAAGAGUUAAAGAAAUUAGAAGAACAAAAAAAAUUAGAAGAACAAAAGAGAUUAGAAGAAGAAAAGUUAAAAAAGGAAUAAGAAUAGUAAAAAUUGUUAGAGUAAAGAAAACCUAAACCUUAUUCUAAAGAAGAUCUUAAGAAAUUAGUAGAUAUGAUUAAUGUAAUUUUAAAUAUAAUCAAUUAGGAUUUCAAUGAAUAUUUUGAUAAACAAGAGUGGUAAAUAUUGAAGGAUAGAAAAUACUGUAAUAUUAAAGAAUUAUAAACUAAAACUCAACCUAGAAAAGAUGGAAAGACUAAACCUCCUUAUACAAAACCUCCUUAUUCAAAGCCACAAGAUUCAGAUUAAUCAAAAAAUUAAGGUAAAACAACUGCAACUACAGUAUAACCUUUUGAUAGAUCAUCAAUCUAACCACAAACUGAAACUUAACCAAAGAUUAUUAUAGUUAGAGUUGUUGAAGAUAUAUAAACAAAAUAAUUAAAAGAUAGAAUGAAAACAUAAGCAGAAGACUUCUUUUAAACUUUGAAUCAAACUCCUGAAUAAAGAGAAAUCAUUUUUAAGGAAAUUAGAUAUAAAUUAAAUUAAUUGGCACCUGAUAAUUUUGAUUUAGCUUCUUAAAAUAUUAUUAAACUUGUAAUAGAAAAGUAAUAUAAUUUAAUUAUUAUUUUAUAGUAAAAAUGAAAAUGACUCAACUUAUUUAGAGUAUUUAGCAUAAAAAAUCAUUGAAAAAUCUUAAACUGAACCAAAAUAUAGAAAAUUAUACACAAGAUUAUGUUAACUCUUAAUUAAAGAACCUUAAUUAACUAUUGUCAAAGAGAAAUAGGAUGGUAAGGCUAAGAGUGUUUCUCUAUUUAAAAAUCAACUUCUAAAUUAAGUUUAAUAAGUAUUUGAUGAGAGAAAGAAUAGAAAAGAAGAUCUAUCUCAUAUGAAACCAGAAGAAAGAGAAUAAUAUCAUUUAAUAAGAAAAUAAAAAAUUAUGGGAAGUAUGUACUUAUUAUAAUUACUCAAGAUGUCCGUUUUAUUGGAGACUUAUUUUUAUCUAAAUUACUUCCAAUUUUAGCUGUAGAAUAUGCUAUUAGAGAAUUAAUUUCAGAUUAUGUUGCUUAAUAUUAACCAAAUUAAGAAAAUAGUGAAGAAUCUAUUGAAGGUUUAAUAGAAUUAUUAGAUUAAAGUAAUUAUAUUUACAAUAAUUAUUAGUUGGUGGAUCAUAUAAAACUUAAAACAUUACUGAUUUUGAUGUAUUGAAGAAAGAUCUCGAAUUAUUCUUUGAUGGUACAACUAAAAAUCUAGAAGAAGCAAAAUCAUUUUUAUAAAAGAAACUUGAAAAAAAUCUUACAGUUGAUAUUAUUAUGGAAAUGUAUCAAAUUUGUUGAUUAUACUAGAUUUAAUUUACUUAUAUCAAAGUAUAAAGUAUCUUAAAGAAUUUCAAUGUUAAUAGAAAAUGUAUAAGAAAGAAAAAAUUAAGGUUGGAAAGAUCAUUAUAGUAGAUAAGAUUAAGCUUAGAGUGUAAAAACUAUUCAUCAAGAAUAAGAGAAAGAAAUUAUUGAAUAAAAUUAUAAUUAAAGUAAAAAUAAGAACAAGAAAUAUUAAUCAUAAUAAGUUCUUUAUGUUGAAAAAAAUUCAAGUUAAUAAUCAUCUUCAACAUCUCAAUAAAAGUAGUAAUUAUUUGAUUUAAAUGAAUUGGCUAUCUUUGUUUAAGGUACUUUCAAUAUGGAACCACAAUAAUAAGAAGCUAAACUUUUAGAAGAAUUGAAAAGAGUUGGACCAUCAGAUGAAGCAAUUUAAAAAUUCUUUGAAGUAUUCUUUGAAUAACUUCUUUCAUGUAAUAGAAUUAAUUAAUUAUAUAGAUAAAUUAAUUAAACAGAAUAUUGAAAGGGCUCAAAUGGUUUUUGAAUUAUUGAGUAAAGCAGAAGCCAAAGAAGAAAUUGUAAAAAAGGCUACUUAAAAGGUAUUUUAAUAAUACAAGAUUUUAGGCCUUGAAUGAAGACAAAGUUUAUGAUCUUGCUGAUUCUCCAACAGCAAUUGAUUUAUUGGUUGAUAUAAUUGGAUAUUUCUUAAAUGAUUCAGAUAUAAAUUCAUUAAAGAAAUUAUAUUUCAAACCUGAAAUUGAUAUCGAAGAUUUUAAUGAUUUCAUGAGUAAGAUAGCAACUUAAUUAAUCAUUAAAUAUUCUGAUAAAGAGAAUAUAAUUAAAGAAUACUAUGGUAUCCUAGGUUAUUAAAUUUGA